UGUGAACUGGAUAACUAAACUGAUAUGGAAAGUGAUUCUAGUGAUUCAAGUGUUAGCUUGGAUAUCGAGGGAACCAGUUAUCAUGAACGUAACGCUUACGGUUCUCCGAUCGCACCUCCAAGCGCUGAUCACCAUCAUGUAAUAAUGUCUCAAUCAUCGGAAGUUCAAGCUUCUGAAGUCGAACAAGCUCCUCUAGUUCAGCGUACUACUUGUCAGUGCAAAAAUACGUGCAGUCGUAAACGCACCGCGAAAUUUCCUGGCUGCCCUUGUCGCAACUCGGAUGAAAAAUGUGGCACAAGUUGUAAUUGUGGCACGAAGAAAAAGGCUUGUAUGAACAAAACUGAGCUAAGAGCUGUAGGAGGAAGCGAGGCUCCAGCUGCCACAAGAGAACCAAGCGCCUUUGAAAGGCAUCGACAAGCAGUCUUGGAUGCAGAGAAAGCCAUCGAGGAAUUUGUGGUCCCCUUGUCACAAGAAAUGAAAACCAGACUACUCAUAAGGGUACUUAGCCAGGGUCGUGGAAGCCUUGAUUUUGCCCAAAACAUUGUCCAUGAACUGGAAAAUCCUGAUGAGCCUCCUCCAGAACCCAGGAACAACCAUUUGGCAUGGUGCAUAUGUGGAGUUUGCGAGGCAAUGCCCAAUGAAGAGGAAAAUAAGUGUUGUAAAAAGGCAAGAUGUGUAACAUCCUAUUCAGCUUUCCACAACUCAUGUAUCGAUAGACUGGCAUUGGAAAUAGCUAUCCGUGCUCGAUGUGAUAUAAGAGCAGAUUUACCAGACUAUUCCAUGAAUGGAUACCGCAAGACAGCCUACAGGACAUAUAUCCUCUGGAAAUAUGGCAAAUUAGGUAGGGGGAACAGAAAAGUUGUGCCUGCAUGUGUGGUCAGGGCUAUUCGGAGAGCAUAUCCCUCAGAAGACAAUGUUUACAUGGGAUUUAGGCAAUCAUAAUAUUUAUGUCACAUGUGUUAUUUAUUAGACAUAUUUAAAAAAAGGACAUCUAUAUUACAUUAAUUUAUAAAGAACAUCUUUGUUGUUGCUACAUCCCAGCUGGAGCUGACAUCCUAAAAAGUUUUUAUUUACCACUUGUUAUGUAUGAGUUCAGCUGUUGAGGUUAUGUGCAUCUAUGUUUUGUUCCAAUGUUUAGUUCUUGCACUCAUAAAUAUUUUAAGUCUAGAUUGAAGUAACAAAAAAAUCCUGCAAAAUAGUUAUUUCAUUAAUGUACAUUUUAGUACUCUCCAAAGGCAUUGUUUUCUUUCUUGUUUAUUUGACUAUCAUGCUAAAGUAGUAAAAU